AUGACCGACCAGAAGCCGGCGAACGACGUCGAAAUGAGUGCGCUGCCGCGCAAUCAGUCAGCGACUCGGUUCCAGGUUAACCUUGUCAAUCACGAUGACCCGAGUGGUGGUGGUGCUGGUGGUGGUGGCGGGACCGGCAACGGAACGGCCGAACCGGUCACCGAGGACGACGUCUUUCCGGCGGAGAUGGUCAAGCGGCGCACGUCCCGGCUGCAGUCGCUGCGCAGCAGCUUCCGGACCGACCACCGGGACCCGGAACAGCCGAAACAGCGGAAACCCUCGACCCGGUUCAACGUGGAGGGCGGCGAGUCGGACUCGAACGAUGACGAGGAGGACACGCUGAUCGAUGAGAAUCGCUAUGCGCGUAGCUUUCGACAUUUCACACGGGAAGCCCUGCCGCGGAUGGACAAUUAUCGGAACAUUCUCUCCUUCCAAGGCAAUCAGAGACCCACACUAGACGAACUACACGACGCUUCCAUCACAAACAAGGAAACCAUGCGACGCGGAACAGUGCACGAGCCGGCCGAGAUGGAUGGUGGAGCGCUAAAGUUUGGCUGGAUCAAGGGCGUGCUGAUGCGGUGCCUGCUGAACAUCUGGGGCGUAAUGUUGUUCCUGCGACUCAGCUGGGUGGUCGGACAGGCCGGCAUCGUGCAGGGUGUCGUCCUGAUCUCCAUGACGACGGUGGUGACGACGAUCACCGCCCUGUCGAUGUCCGCCAUCAGCACCAACGGGGUGAUCAAGGGCGGUGGCACGUACUACAUGAUCUCCCGAUCGCUGGGGCCCGAGUUUGGCGGUUCGAUCGGUUUGAUCUUCUCGCUCGCCAACGCCGUCGCCUGCGCCAUGUACGUGGUGGGUUUCUGCGAAUCCAUGAUCGACCUGCUCGCCACAUUCGGUCUCGCGAUCGUAGACGGUGCCGUGAACGAUGUGCGCAUCAUCGGCUGCAUCACGAUCGUUAUCCUGCUGUGUAUCGUGGUCGUCGGCAUGGAGUGGGAAGCAAAGGCCCAGGUCGUCCUGCUCGUCAUCCUGCUGGUGGCCAUCGUGGACUUUCUGGUCGGCUCCGUCUGGGGCCCAAAGUCCGACCUGGAUGUGGCGCGAGGAUUCGUCGGCUACAACGGGACGCUGCUACUGGAGAACCUACACUCCGACUACCGGCCGGCGAAGGGCACCCAGCACGAUUUCUUCUCCGUGUUCUCCAUCUUCUUCCCGGCCGCCACCGGCAUUCUGGCCGGGGCCAACAUCAGUGGCGAUCUGAAGGACCCGUCUUCGUCGAUCCCGAAGGGCACGAUACUUGCCAUCGUGCUGACGUCGUUCUCGUACAUCAGCAUGGCCGUGAUCGCCGGGGCCACGGUGCUGCGCGAUGCCAGCGGCAAUCUCACGGAUGUCGUGAAUGGCACGUGGGACUUUAGCGAGUGCGCGGUGGAAGGAUGCAGCUAUGGGUUGCACAACUCUUUCCAGGUCAUGGAGCUGGUGUCCGCGUUCGGGCCGCUGAUCUACGCCGGUUGCUUCGCGGCCACCCUCUCGUCCGCGCUGGCCAGCCUCGUGUCGGCACCGAAAGUUUUCCAAGCGCUCUGCAAGGACAAACUGUACCCGAAGAUCAGCUGGUUUGGCAAGGGCUUCGGAAAGAACAACGAGCCGGUGCGGGGCUACAUCCUGACGUUCAUCAUCUCGGUCGCCGUCAUUCUGGUCGGUGAUCUGAACAUGAUCGCGCCACUGAUCUCGAACUUUUUCCUGGCGGCCUACUGUCUGGUGAACUUCAGCACAUUCCACGCCAGCCUGGCGAAGCCGGUCGGCUGGCGGCCCACGUUCAAGUACUACAACAUGUGGCUCAGCUUGCUCGGUGCUAUCUUCUGUAUUGCCGUGAUGUUCCUGAUAUCCUGGCCGACGGCGCUGGUGACGUUUGCCGCGGUGCUCACCCUAUACCUGGUGGUGUCGUACCGCAAGCCGGACGUGAACUGGGGUUCGACGACCCAGGCGCAAACGUACAAGAACGCACUGCUGUCCGUGCAGCAGCUAAACAACGUGGAGGAGCACGUCAAAAACUACCGUCCGCAGAUACUGGUCCUCUGUGGUCAUCCGAGCUCGCGCCCACUGCUCGUCAACUUUGCCUACCUGCUCACCAAGAAGCUAUCGCUGCUUGUGUGCGGUCACGUGACGAAAACCCACGUGUCGCAAAAGUACCGCAAUCACCUGCAGAAGAAGGCCGCCGAGUGGUUCCGCCGGCACAAGGUGAAGGGUUUCUACUCGCUGAUCGACGACAACGAGUUCGAGACGGGCUCGCGUGCGAUCAUGCAGGCGUCCGGCAUCGGCAAGCUGCGCCCGAAUGUCCUGCUGAUGGGAUACAAGGGUGACUGGGACAAGUGCGAGCCGGCCGAGCUGGAGCAGUACUUUAAUGUGAUGCACAAGGCGCUCGACAUGUACUUAUCGGUGGCGAUCCUGCGCGUCAACAAGGGCUUCGACUGUUCGCAGCUGCUGGGCGAGGACACGGUCAAGUACAUCUCGGAGCUGCCCCGGACACUGGUGGCCAACGACAGCACGAAUGAUCUGAUGGGCCAGAACAAAGUAAGCUCUCUGCACGGCAGCUGUGACUCGCUCAGCCGCAACGUGUCGCAAGACCACGCUGAUGUCAACGAGAAGAACGCAAAGAAUUUGAAAACGAGCAGCACCAGUGACUUGAGCAAAACCAUUUCAGUAGCCCCGGACCCGGUGGAUAUCAAUGCCAAGCUCCUGACGGAAAACACUCAGCGGUCACUGAAGCGAGGCGAUCCGUCACUGUUGUACCGCGGUCCGGGCGGUGCCGCCUUGCCGAAAGAAGUGCUGGACGAGCUGACACAGUUUACGUCCAAGAAGAAGACGGGCAUCAUCGACGUGUACUGGCUGUACGAUGAUGGCGGGCUCACGCUGCUACUACCGUACAUCAUCAGCACCCGGCGCAACUGGAGCUCCUGCAAACUGCGCGUCUUUGCCCUGGCCAACCGUAAGACCGAGCUCGAGUUCGAGCAGCGCAACAUGGCCAGCCUGCUGGCCAAGUUCCGUAUCGAUUACUCCGACCUGCAGCUGCUGCCGGACGUGACGAAGAAGCCGAACCAGAACAUGACCGACUUCUUCAAGGAGCUAAUUAACGAGUUCACCGUGAAAGAUGACAACUACGACAGCAGUACAGCUGGCACGGCGUACAUCUCGAAGGCGGAACUGCUGGCGGUGCAGGACAAAACGAACCGGCAUCUGAACUUGCGCGAGUAUUUACUGCAACAUUCCGACAAAUCCGACCUGGUCGUGAUGACGCUACCGAUGCCCCGGAAGGGCGUCGUUUCGGCCCCGCUCUACAUGGCCUGGCUGGAGGCCCUGAGCCGCGACCUGCCUCCGUUCCUGUUCGUACGAGGCAACCAAACGUCAGUCCUGACGUUCUACUCCUGAGUGCUCCUGGUCCGGUCGAGGCCACCGUUGCAUCU